GCGGGCCGAGCGGGCGGAAGGCAGUCCCGGUGCCGCUGCGGGCCCUGUUCCCUGGCGUGGACCCGGCUUCGGCGCGCUGCCCGGGCUCGGGCGCUUGGGUCGGGGAUGGCGGCGGCAGCCGAGCCCGGGACCCAGGCCUUACCGGGCAGCGGCGCCCCACGUCUCGGCAGUCCAGCCCACAGCCCGGUGCCGGGCACCGGCGGCCGUGCACGCCCGGCGUCAGGGCCCGAGCGGACGGGCAGAACCACCGGUCCCGCGGUGCCGGGCCACAGCUUCCGCAAGGUGACGCUCACCAAGCCCACCUUCUGCCACCUCUGCUCCGACUUCAUCUGGGGGCUGGCCGGCUUCCUGUGCGACGUUUGCAACUUCAUGGCCCAUGAGAAGUGCCUGAAGCAGGUGAAGACCCCAUGCACAAGCAUCGCGCCCAGCCUAGUGCGGGUCCCUGUAGCCCACUGCUUUGGCCCCCUUGGGCUCUACAAGCGCAAGUUCUGCGUGGUCUGCCGUAAAGGCCUGGAGGCACCUGCACUCCGCUGUGAAGUGUGUGAGCUGCACGUUCACCCCGACUGUGUGCCCUUCGCCUGCAGCGACUGCCGUCAGUGCCAUCAGGAUGGACACCAGGACCAUGACACGUACCACCACCACUGGCGGGAGGGGAACCUUCCUUCUGGUGCACGCUGUGAGGUCUGUAGGAAGACUUGCGGUUCCUCAGAUGUGCUGGCUGGUGUGCACUGCGAGUGGUGUGGUGUCCAGGCCCACUCAGUGUGCUCCACAGCAUUGGCACCUGAGUGCACAUUUGGACGUUUACGCUCCAUGGUCCUGCCUCCUGCAUGUGUGCGCCUGUUGUCACGAAACUUCAGCAAGAUGCACUGCUUUCGAAUACCUGAGACCUUGACCUUGGAGCUUGGUGAUGGGGAUGAUGGCCUAGAUGGAAGUGCUGCCACAGGCACAGGCAGAGAGGUGCUGACAGUUGCAGAAUCCAGCAAACAGAUCCUGAAGAUCUUUGAUGGCAAUGACUCCAUGAGGAAAAACCAGUUCCGUCUGGUUACAGUUUCUCGUCUGGCCAGGAAUGAGGAGGUGAUGGAGGCAGCACUGCGGGCCUACUAUGUCAGUGAUGACCCUAGCGACUUCGAGUUACAGGCUGGUGAUACUCCGGUCCUAGAGAAGGCUGCAACAAAUGAGGAAGAGGCCAGCAAAGGCUCUGGGCCCCGAGACUCUGUGCCUGAGGCCUGGGUCAUCAGGUCUCUGCCUCGUUCCCAGGAAGUCCUGAAAAUCUACCCUGGUUGGCUCAAGGUGGGUGUGGCCUACGUGUCUAUCCGUGUGACCCCACAAAGCACAGCACAAGCUGUGAUUCGAGAAGUCCUCCCGCUGCUUGGACGCCAGGCUGAGAAUCUGGAGAGCUUCCAGCUGGUUGAAGUGCUCAUGGGCAGUAGGCAAGUCCAGCGGACAGUGCUGGCAGAUGAGGAACUUCUGCUUGACCGGCUUCGGGACAUCCGGCAGAUAUCUGUGCGCCAGGUGAGCCAGACGCGGUUCUACGUGGCUGAGAGCAGGGCCAUGGCCCCACGUGUCUCCCUAUUUGUGGGCGGUCUGCCACCUGGCCUGUCCCCCCAGGAUUACAGCAACCUACUGCAUGAGGCCAUGGCCACAAAAGCUGCUGUGGUGUCUGUGAGUCACGUCUACUCCUUACAAGGUGCAGUAGUGCUGGAUGUUACCUGCUUUGCAGAAGCUGAGAGGCUAUACAUGCUGGCCAGGGACACAGCAGUGCAUGGUCGGCCACUGACUGCACUGGUGCUUCCAGACGUGCUGCACACGAAGUUGCCUCCUGACUGCUGCCCCCUCCUCGUAUUUGUGAACCCCAAGAGUGGGGGCCUCAAGGGCCGAGACCUGCUCUGCAGUUUCCGGAAGCUGCUAAACCCACACCAGGUCUUUGAACUAACCAACGGGGGGCCUCUCCCUGGGUUCCACCUAUUCUCCCAGGUACCCUGUUUUCGGGUGCUGGUGUGUGGUGGAGACGGCACUGUGGGUUGGGUGCUUGCUGCCCUGGAGGAGACAAGGCACUGUCUGGCCUGCCCAGAGCCAUCUGUGGCCAUCCUGCCCCUGGGCACAGGGAAUGACCUCGGCCGGGUCCUCCGCUGGGGGGCAGGCUAUAGUGGUGAGGACCCAUUCUCCGUGCUGGUAUCUGUGGAUGAAGCUGAUGCUGUACUCAUGGACCGCUGGACCAUCCUGUUGGAUGCUCAUGAAACUGGUAGUGCAGAGAACAAUGUGGACGUGGAGCCCCCAAAGAUUGUUCAGAUGAGUAACUACUGUGGCAUUGGCAUUGAUGCGGAACUCAGCCUAGACUUCCACCAGGCACGGGAAGAGGAGCCUGACAAAUUCACAAGCAGGUUCCACAACAAGGGUGUGUAUGUACGGGUUGGGCUGCAGAAGAUCAGCCACUCCCGAAGCCUACACAAGGAGAUACGGCUGCAGGUGGAGCAACAGGAAGUGGAGCUGCCCAGCAUUGAAGGUCUCAUCUUCAUCAACAUCCCCAGUUGGGGCUCAGGGGCUGACCUGUGGGGCUCUGACAGUGACUCAAGAUUUGAGAAGCCACGCAUGGACGAUGGGCUGUUGGAGGUGGUGGGUGUGACAGGUGUCGUGCACAUGGGCCAGGUACAGGGUGGGCUGCGCUCCGGAAUCCGCAUCGCCCAGGGCUCCUACUUCCGUGUCACACUCCUCAAGGCUACUCCAGUGCAGGUGGAUGGUGAGCCCUGGGUUCAGGCCCCAGGGCACAUGAUCAUCUCUGCUACUGCCCCAAAGGCUGUACCCACUACACAACUUUGCAGUUACUGUCUUCUAUGGAGUGGAGCCAGGAAGUACCCUGGAAAUCCCGACUGUCAGCUACAAUGUCACCCUAGCCCUCUGACCCUCCACCCCUGCCUUGGAACAGGUCCACAUGCUGAGGAAGGCCAAGCAGAAGCCCAGGAAGGCUGGAGCCAUCAGGGAUACCCGAGUGGACACCUUGCCUGCUCCUGAGAGCAAUUCUAAAUAGACAGGCCAAGAUAAGGGAUCAUACCCACCCAGCCUUUCCCCUCUUCAGCUCUGUUCCAAGUCACACAUUGGCUGGCCAGAAGAUGGACUUAGUUGUAGCACUGACCAUAGCAUCUCCCCAGGGCUUGGGAUGUUUCCAGCCUGCAUUCUUAUCCAGUAUGUCAUGUGGAGACAUGGGUGGGUGGGUAGUUGCAUUGCUCACUCUACCCUAGUACCAGUACCAGUACCAGUCUAUGAUAAUGGGCAUGGAGUUCUGGCUGCUCUGUUUUCUGCACAAGACUGGACCUUACAGGAUAAUGGGGCUGGCCUUAUACCUGAGUCAGUUGCAGAAGCUUCAGGGAAGGGGAGGGAGGACCCAGAGGACACCCUUUCCCUCUCUACCUUAGAGCUUCUUGGGCCCAACAGUACUGGAUGCAGGCCGUCCAGGUGGACCUCUGACCUCAUUUUGUGUUCUCUAGGCUGUCCCCCUGAAUGCUUCUUCAGAGCAGCUAGCCCUAUUGGUCCCUGGUCUAGCAGAUAGAGAAUUCUGCCAGUUUCUCCUGUCCCUACUGGGUGGGUGAUAUGGCACCUUCCUGUUCCCUGGCCUCAAUAAUAGACAGCAGCUUGCACAUUUGCAAGGUCUGGGCCUGGCUGAUGGCCCUGAGUAGACAAGCUGCAACCAGAAAAAGGGGAAUCUUUGUUCAUCUUGAGGUCAGGUGGAUUUAGGCGCCACCCAUGCAGUACUUGGAGUGUGGACUGGGCCCAGAGUAUCCCUCCUUGUCCUUGAGGUGGUCACCUAUCCCCAAAGGGGAGCAGAGUGGGUGGUAACUGGUUGGGGAACAUGUAAAUAACACCUGCUGGUAUAAAGAAUGGCUUCAGUGCCCUCAGACUUAACUAUAGCACUUUAUAUACAUGCUGUUUGCCAGCCAGCAGCCUUUCCAUGUAGGUGUAAAGCUUCUGUUCUGAUUUCCACACCCAUUGAGGUAACUUUGUUGGCCAUGCCUUGUUGGGGGCACCAUGCUUACAGAAUGAGACAAAGCUGUUUCUUCCAUGUGUCUUAAGAAUUCACUGUCCCUCAGACCCCUGAAGAAAAU